UCACCGUUGUAGACAGUUCAUUUUCGAAAGGACGCGGAUAAAUUUGAGAUCUCAAAUAUUUUAAAACACAAUUUGGUUCAAGUUUUGGUUCACAAAUAGAAGAAAAUUUUCAAAAAAAAAAAAAUAUUGUAGAGUUUAGCAAAAAUUAUAAAAUUAUUUCAAAACCGUUAAAUAAUCAAUAAAAUAUAUAUAUAUAAGUACGAAACAUAAGUACGCUAAGUCAAGGCGAAACGCACCAACACCAGCAACAGCAAGUACAAGCGAUUAACGCAUUAAACCGUUGCAAGAAGAGCCGAAAAACCUACUCACCUACUUUCGGUCGCACACAGCGCCCACAGCAUACAUACAUACCAACAAACACGCACAUACGAGCGCACCGUCGCAUUCGGCCAGUAAAGCAUUUGGGCGUGAAUCGCAGACAUUUCAACGUCUCAGCACUCAGCACGACAGACAAGUAAGGGCCGCAACUGACAGCGAGGAUUGCCGCGUGUGGAAAUCCUAUUUAAUAAAACACUUUUGUGUGCUCAAUUUGCCAACUUCCUGUGUAUCCGAAGCGUUGAACAACGGUAUAAACGCUCGCGCCUAUUAAGGCACUUGGCUCUGGUAAGCGUAGAGUUGAACACCUGCGGACCGCGAGACAGUUGAGCGCACGUGUGCAAAGCGUCUCGAACUGAACAGCGCAGCACUGUUCGGUUAACUCGCAGUUUUCUGUCAAUAUUAGCGCUAUAGCAACUGCUGGGUGUGGGCGAUACUGCGCCCCGCCACCGUAGCAGUGAUGCAAGCAAAUUUCGAUAACAACGUCACAGAAAAGGAGCCUAAAACCAGCACCCUGAAUUUCUCAUCGUUCAAAUCAAGCUUUACUUCUAAUGUUAAUUUCCUGAAGAGAAGAUUUAGCUCGGGAGACCUCUCUUCCGAGCACGAUGAUGUCGAUCCCAGUCAACUGCCGCCUGCUGCGCGGCCAAUUCAGGAUCAGCCCACGAAGCCGCCAAUCAGCAGUGGUGGUCCACCGGUCAUGCCACCGCCGCCAGCACCAGGUGUUCCGCCUGCCGGUGGCACUGCUGGUGCCCCUGGCGGUCCGGAGUUGUCGCUGAGUUUCGGUGGUGGCAAGGCAGCGGCACCAGCACCGCCGCGCGGCGUCAGCGCUCCAACCAGCCCAGCGAAGUCGCGCGAGAGUUUGCUGCAACGUGUGCAGAGUUUGACAGGAGCAGCGCGUGAUCAAGGCGCUUCCAUUUUGGGUGCUGCGGUGCAGAGUGCCACACGGGCGCCAACCUUCAACAAGGACAAGUACUUCACGUUGCUCGUACUCGACGACCAAAACACCGACUGGUCGAAGUACUUCCGCGGCAAGCGGCUACAUGGCGAUUUCGAUAUACGCGUGGAGCAAGCUGAGUUCCGGGACAUUUCGCUUACUGCCAGCGCCGAAACUGGACCCAUUAUUUCCAUGGCUGUCUACCGUGGCGGCACCAGGGUGGCACGCUCAUUCCGACCGGACUUUGUGCUGAUACGCCAACCACCACGCGACGGUUCCAACGACUAUCGCUCGACCAUUAUCGGGCUCAAGUAUGGCGGCGUGCCCAGCAUUAAUUCGUUGCACUCGAUUUAUCAAUUUCAGGACAAACCUUGGGUAUUUGCUCACUUGCUGCAAUUGCAACGUCGCUUGGGUCGCGACGCUUUUCCACUGAUCGAGCAGACCUUCUUCCCCAAUGCUAGGGAUUUGUUCAGUUGGACCAAGUUCCCGUGUGUUUUGAAGGCAGGUCAUUGCCACGGUGGUGUGGCCACCGCACGUCUGGAGAAUCAGAGCGCUCUGCAAGAUGCAGCCGGCCUUGUCACCGGUUCGGGCAACGAUGCGCACUGCUACUGCACCAUUGAGCCGUACAUCGAUGCUAAGUUCGAUGUGCACAUUCAGAAGAUCGGAAAUAAUUACAAGGCCUUCAUGCGCAAAUCGAUCUCAGGCCAUUGGAAAACUAAUCAAGGCUCAGCGAUGCUCGAGCAAAUCACGUUAACGGAGAAGUACAAGUCCUGGGUGGAUGAGAUUUCCGAGCUCUUUGGCGGCAUGGAGGUAUGCGGCAUUUCCGUGGUGGUCGGCAAAGACGGCCGCGAGCACAUAAUAAGUGCUUGUGAUUGUACAUUCGCUCUAAUUGGCGAUAGUCAGGAAGAAGAUCGGCGCCAGAUCGCCGACCUAGUCUCAGCACGAAUGCAAAACGUCUGCCGGCCAAGCAUGGCACAGACCGGUGGACCACCACAUGGUAUACGUCAACCUUCACGUUCAUCAAUUUCCUCGCGUGGUGAGAGUCCCACCGAGGAUAUGGCACCAACACCACCGGCACCCGCCGGUCCACGCCCAGCUCCAAUGGGCGGUCCACCACCAAUACCCGAGCGUACUUCACCAGCAGUCGGCUCAAUAGGACGUCUCAGCAGUCGCAGCAGCAUUUCCGAGGUACCUGAGGAGCCAACUGCACCGGCUCCGACCAGUGUACCUGGCAGUGCGGGCGGUGUGGUCCGUCGUGAUUCACAAACAUCGCAGGCAUCGAGCGUAUCGUCGGCCUCGAGGGUCUCGACACGUCCUCCGCAAACUCAGAGUUCCGUUGUUGAAGAUGCGGAGGAUACAAUGAAGAAUUUGCGUAAGACCUUUGCGGGGAUAUUUGGUGACAUGUAGGAAUUAGCGAACAAGAAACGCGGAAGAACAGCUAGCGAGACAAGCAGCGGUGGCGGUGGACCUGGCAGUGCAGGCGGCAGUGGCAUAAGCGGCAUCAGUACCGGUUCGUUUCUAGGCAAGCAAUUCUCGUUCGCAAGCGCCGGUGGCAAGUCGGUGAGCGGCAGCACUUCAAGCGUCGCCUCAGACGUGAUCUCAGCACAGCCAUCACCCAAAUUGACCGCAGAGAAGCCAUACGAUGCACGCUCGGACACCUCAACGAACUCCACAUUGACAGCGGGCAGUAUGAGCGUUAGCGCCAGCUCAGCUGCUAGCUACAGCAGCAAGCCAUCUUCCAGCGUUUUAGAUACAUUCCAAGAGGAGAACAAAUACAAGCCAGUCACCAAUUUUGAGCCACAAGAGCGCGUUAAUCCCUUCGAUAAGGGCGCACUAAAAACUUCCGCAACCAAUCAAACUAUCGGUAGCGCAGUAUCCACCACAUCAUCUUCAUCGAUCUCAUCCUCUUCGAUUUCAUCGCGCAUCAAUCGUAACGGUAAUGUGGGCAUUAAAUCGCCACCACCGCCGACUGGACCACCACCACCACCACCGACUGGCGCUAUCGCUAGCAGCAGCUACCGCAAUUCAACCUCGACCACGCCACCAAGCGCCGGCAAGGACAACCGUACUUUCAAUUACGGCAGCUCAACUUCCAUUGAGACCAUUACACGCAUGGAUACUAACACAACAAACACGACAACAGCUGGCCCGAGCAGUGAUGCCGCCCCUGUUGCCGGUGCACUUGCCGAUGAUAACAAUGCAACAGGCGUUGCUGGUGGCGCUACUUCCUCCACGAGCGGUGGCCCAGAUUGGAAGUCGAAGAUGGGCAUACGUUCGGCAAGCGUCUACAGCGCGCCCGCCAAUUUGCCAGCAGCUGGUGAUACCUCCGGCUAUGCAUCCAACUCAAGCCCUGCUUCGAACGCCUAUAACACCACAGCCGAUCUGCCAUCGUACACACGACCAUCUUAUUCGCGCUCCGAGAGCAAUGCUUCCAACAAACAAUCCGACUUGGACAUAAUCUUCGGCGACACCAACAACACCAAGUCCAGCCAUGGUAAUGGCAAGUACACACGCGCCAGCGGUUCACUCUCCGAUGCCGAACUCAUCUUCGGCGGUCCACCGACCAAUUACAAGGCCGAUCGCUUUGGCGCCUCCAAGAGCAUGAGCGUCACAUCCGAGCGCAGCAACGACGGCAAUGACAGCUACAAUGCGUACCGCAACUACGAGGGUAUACAAAAUGCGGCAUUUAGCGAUUUUAGUGAUUCGCCGAAGACGGGCAGUGUUAGCAGCAUUAACUCGUUUGGCAAUACGAAUCGUUGGAAUAAGCCGACUGUCGAAGAGGAUGACGAAUUGGAUUUGAAGUAGGACAGGGUAAUGAAUCGUAGCAAAAUUAAAGUUCGUUAAAUGGCUGGUGUAUAUAUACUUAUAUGGUAUAUAAAUUAUAUAUAUGUAUAUGGGUAUGUACGAGCGCCAGUUAUUAGAAAAUACAUAUUUGAACUUACAAAAGUCAGAAGAAGUGAAUAAAUGGAGCAAAAAUAUAUAUGAAAAGUAAACAAUACAUACACAUGCGCAUCUAUCGCCUCUGAAGUUUCCUGGUUUCAUAGUGGAAAGAAUUCUUCAUAGAAGCAAGCGUAGAUGAAAAGUUGAAUUUGUUUUUAGGUUUCUUUAAUUUUUUAUUACUUAGUUUAAAUUUUUUUGUCAAAGUAGUUUUACAUCAAAACAUACUGGACCAGUUUAAAGUAUUCCUAAAAUUUUUGGAGAAAAUAGAUUUAUUUUUUAGAAAAUGAACUAACAACGGAACUUAAAAGUGAAUAAAAUAAGAUGAAAUUAACAUCAAAUAUUUUGUGAAUAACUCUCCUAUUCGUAGCAUGAACAGGAAAUGUUUCGAAAAAGUACCGAACCUAUGGAAAAAAGCUGUGAUGGAGGGCAACAAUUGAUAUUAAUAUGGGAAUUGAAAUAUUAUGCCAACAAAUCACACAAUCUGUGUCAAAGGUCUUAAAUUUUUUACCAUAUUACAUUAUUGCCUAAUUAUGGAAAAUAAUAUAAACUUUGGCUACGCACAUAGUGGAAUUAAAUUUGAAAGCUUUAUCUGUGCGGUAGUGAAAAGAGUUUGUGUUAGAGCAUGCGAGCGUGAGAAAGCGUUUGUGCUGAGAGAAGUAGGUAGCUUACAGAGUACAGCAAGGCUUACAGAGCUUUAUAAAGCUCUCAAAACACAUUAAAAGCUUACGAGGUGUCUGAAACGCACAGACAACUUCAAAGUUUAAAGAGCCUAAUAAGGCUUUGUAAAAUAAAAGUAAGCAAGUUUACUUCCAUUCUUACAUUCGGCGUUGGGUUCCAGAUACAAUUACGCGAAUACAAAAGUAUUUUAUGUAACUCUACAACAACAAAAUAUGCUUCUGCCUUUCGUGUUAUGCUUUGUUUCUCACGAGACUAGAAUGAGAUUUCAUGGACCAAAUGAAGUAGUAAAACCUUAAUCCACAGGUAGACACUUUAAGGCCAACAAAUGAGACUCAAAACUUGCGCUUAAAAUUUUUGGAAUAAUUUCACAUAUUUCUGAAACAGAUUCGUUUUUAAAAGCCAUUCUUAAUUUUCCACCACAUUUUUACCAAGUAAGCAAACUAGUUCUCGUCAAUAGGGGGUCUCUCAACCGAGGCUGUUGUGUUUUUUUUUUUUCAUUGUAAGUGUUUUUUCACGUGGCGGCUCUUAAACCCAGCGUACAAUCUUGGAGAGACAUUAUUCGCCUUCUCUCUUUAGCUCGCUUUCAAAGGGAUGUUGUUUGGCUAUCCAGAGGAUACUUGGUCAAAAACCGGAAGUCGUGAGCUGCUUGAGCCAUAUGUAAAAUAAUUGUUUGUGGUCACUCCCAAGUAAAUGGCGCUUAGCUAACUUUCCUCGCUUGCGUGAAUACUCGGCCCCAUCCUUCAAAGAGGAAUAAGAAGCAUUAUUUAGUUUGGGGAACCAAAAUUUUCAAGAUGGAACUUCAAGAGUUCGGAUAUAUGUAUAUUAUACAUUAGUUACAGUAAUCGGUUUAUAUUAGGUUAAUAGACUGAUUUCUCUUGAGGCCAUCAAUAAUCCUACUAGGACAGCUAGAGGCGUUUGUCCGUUGUAAUGCUCAGAACUACUCCUGAAUCAAAAUGACCUUUGCAUAUCGACAAAACGCCUAUAGUCGGGCAGAAAUUUAAUGAAAAUGGCUAAUAUCAAUUCCAGCCCAUUCGCCGGGUUCAUAAAAAGUAUGACAAUCUAGAUGCUUCAAUCUUAGUCUGGCGAAAGCUGAACAGUAUAGUAGAAAGUGUGUAGAUACUGCCACCUCAUCUUCUUCAUUGCAACUUUAACAGGCUGCGUCCCACAAAAGCGUUAGGCUCACCGCGUGAAUGCCAAUACUGGAUAGUGUCCAGUUAGGACACUCAUCAGUACGGUGAUGUGAGCCUAGCUAUGAGCUAAUACUUCAAUGGACCUGCUAAGUUCCAUUCUGGGCCAGCAGGUUUACGGAACCGCUGGUUACUGAUCAGCGCUUGCUGAACUCGCUCUAAGUCCAUGGAACCAACGCCCGUGUGCACAAAAGCAAGCGAACUCCUUCUCAUUCCCAUCGCGACGGAUUUUGUAUAGGGCUGUCUUUUCUUGUAAACGCAUCGACUGUACAAUUUCUGACGAUUCCGUUGUGGUCAGCCACCUCGGCAUUUUACUGCUGGUGACGUCAUGCACUCCUUGACUAGCUUUUGGCUUUCUGUUAGCGAGCUCAAGGCCUGUAUUGCAGUUUUGUUAUCGAAGUGGAUGCAUUGAAACAGCAGUUAAUUGAGGACUCCCGACAGAGCACUUCUCCUCAAACUUUCCCCUCGAACUUCGAUCAACCGUUAUCAAGUCCAGCAUGCUUUAUCGAAGAUUGUCGUUUGGUUUGAGAUUAUUAUAUUAUUACUUUUUUAUAAGUACAUAUGUAUGUAUAUCAUUUCUGUUAACGAAUUUUUUUAACAAAGCAACACACACAUAAAUAAAUAAAGCUUGUUGCUCUAACCAUGAAUAAAUACUAUUUUUUUAUUUUACAAAUAUUUACAUUUUUCAAACAUAAAAACUUACAAAAAUCAAUUUUAAUGCAAUCAAAGCAUCAUUUUAAAAAUUUUGAUAUUAAUUUAGAAAUUAUUUUGUUGAUAACUUAUAUUUUAGUUUUAAACAUUUACAGACAUUAGUGACGAUUUUCGUAGUGACGCCUUGACUCAAAAACCAACUCGUCUACUAAACCAAAUUAUAUUAGAAAAAUAUUGAAAAUAUUUAACGUUCAAAUACUUUUACUUACAAACUAUUUAUCUCUAAUAUUUAAUUGCUUCAUUAACAGCCAUUAAAAGUAGCAUACUUCAUCUAAACAUAAAUUUCGAAAAUCAUAUUUCAAAAGUAGUUACUUAAAUAACACGUACAACUACCACCUAUCUACUCAACAUAAAUACUUAAAACAACAAAAACAAAAAUACAUACAAAUCACUAUACAAGUACUAUAUACAAAUACAAACACAUUAUUAGGUGUAUGUGAAAGAAAUGAAAGCUAAAGUGUUGCUAAAGAAAAAAAAUUAACGCAGAAAGCAUAAAGUGAGGUUAAACUAGCCGAAAUCUGCAAGAAACAUUAAUUCAAAGUAAAGCAAUUUAUAAAUUAUACAAAUGUGAGGCGUAUGUGUUGGUAUUGUAAUUUUUGGAAAAAUAUUGUAUUGCAUUACUACUUAACAUAUAUAUAUAUAUACAUAUAUACUAAGGAAACCUAAUAUGAGAACAUAAAACAAAAAACUGAGAAAAUAUUAAAAAUUGAGAAAAUUAUGCAACUAUGAGAUGUUAAGCGGCAAUUCGCUGAAGAUCAUUGAAAUCUAUUUAAUGCUGAAAAAUUAUUAACACUCAUAAUAAAGAACUAACUUACAUACUAUGGAACAAACAAGCUAACCGAAACUCAAAAAAACACUAUAAAAGGUUAAAAAAACAUUAUAAAAGAUAAACAAACAUAUAAUAUAUAAUAUAAGAUAACAAAAUAAAAAUUUGUUAUUCCAACAUGAGACACUAAACAACAACAACACAAAUGACGCUGAUUAUUUGUAUAAGUACACAAGACAAUAUAUAUGCAAAAAAUAAUUAUGAAAGAAAAACAAAAAAAAAAUUAAAAUUAAAAAUAUCAAAAAAACAAACACUCAUUAUAAAAGGGGUAGUAAAUUAUAUAAAUUUAUUUCCUAUUGAAAAAUACAUUAUAAAUUACUGUUAACUCUAAUACUCAAUGAUACAGAAACUAUUUGAUGUGAAGUAAAGCAAAAAAUUAAAAUAUAAUAUAUAUAAGCACAUAAAAAUAUGAGUUGACGAAAUGCCGUAUAAAGUAUAUAAAAAAUGUGUUUGAUAUCAUUAAUUCUGUGAACACCGCACUUACAUAUACAGAUAUACAAGUAAAAUUCGUAGAACAUUGCUUUGCAUGCAGACACUCUUUUUUUUCAAAAGAUUCAAACAAUAAAAUGAAAAAAUAAAAACCGCAAUAAGCCACAACGAACUUGAAAAACAUUUAAAAGCAUAAUAAAAAAUCCAUACUAAACAAAGUAGGAAAAAAAUACUGAACUUGAAAAGCUUAUACAGCUAUUUUUUACUGAAAAUCAUUGUUUGAAAAGUGGAGGCACAAAGAAUUUUAUUUUUCUUUAUUUGCAUGAUUUUAAAGCUUUUAUAAAAGCUCCAAAGCAGUUUUCAAAUGAGUUUGGAAAGCAUUAUAAGUAAGCUAACAUAAAAGCUCCCAAAAUGGUUGAUUUCGUAAAUCAUACGUAAUCAAAUAAGUAAGCUUGCAUAAAGUAUAAAAUCUCCUGAAAUGGCUUAAUCCAGAUUUUGGAAUUAUAUGUAAGCACUCUAACACAUUAUAUAUAAGCUUUCAUAAAAGCUUCUAAAAUAGUUUACGAACGAUUUUGAACAAUUUUCAUAAAAGCUCUUAAAAUAAUGUACAAGCGUUUUAAAUAAACUUUUUUAAAAGUUCCCGAAAUAGUUUACUCACUAUGUCGAAAAGCAUUAUUAGUAAGCGAACGCUCUGAGAAUGCAAGUCAUUUAUAACGGCUUAGUGCACUUACUUCCAAAAAUUCUUGAAUAAAAAUGCUAAUUUGACAAAAUGGCGGCGGUUUGUUUCCGUAGAAAAAAAUGGGAAGACUUCAAACAAAAAAAAAAUAAAAGCUUCUAAAUUGGAACUAGAUAUGUAUCUUCAAAACUCUUCCUUUGAGAGUGGAAACCGUUUGAAAAACACCAUUCUGAGAAAAACGCGUUUAUAAGUGGAGUUGCACUGUUCCCCGCUCUGUUCUUUUGCUACAAGAAACGCUUUAGCGGAUUUGAAUUUCGAUUUCAGAAUUAGAGAGAAUGUUUAUUAAAGUGUAUACUAUCCGAUAAUGUAACAAAAAAAAAAUCGAUCUCUCGAAAAUUUCACACUGAGACGAUCCCUUAAGGCUUUCGUAUUAUGAAGAGAAAGCUUUUAUAAGUAGAAAAUUGAUGCUCAAAACAGCUUUUAAACACAUAUCGGAGCGAAAGUGGAAGCUUUAGUAAGCUUUUACAAACUACUUAAAGAAUGAAAGCUCUACAGAAUUCAAAAAUUAAUCGAUGGUUGGUGUAAGGAAAUUUUUUAAGUGUAUUAUUACUCAUAGAAAGAACUCAACCGGAAAAAUUUCACGUCUGCACUUUGUGCUCUCAAAUAAUUUAUUUAUUUUAUUUUUUGAAGAUAAAGCUUUCGCCUGCUUUAGUGAAAGUCAUGGUCUUGGUAAUAUGAUAAGAAAGAAAAAUUAAUGCAUACAAAAUAUUUUGAAUACAUUUUGGAGCGAGAAUGGAAGCUUUACUAGCAAGCUUUCAAAAAGUAUUUAAAGUGUGAAAGCUCUAAAGAAUUCAAAAGUUAAUUGGUAAUUGUAGUAAGGUGAAAUAUAAGUAUAUACGUACGUGCUUACGUAUAUACGUUGUGCUUUAAAAUAAUUUAUUUUUUUUUUUUUGAAAAUAAAGCUUUCGCCUGCUUUAGUGAAAGUCAAGACCUUCGUUUUAUUAUGAGAAAGCGUUUUUAGGUUAAAAAUUAUGAACAUGAAAUAUUUUAAAUAGGUUUGGAGCGAAAAUGGAAGCUUUACUAGCCAGGUACUUAAAGAAUGUAAGCUCUAAAGAAUUCAAAAAUUAAUCAAUGAUUAUGGUAAGGCGACAUAUAAGAGAGUCUUACUAAUAAAAAGAACACAACCUAAUGCUUUCACAAUAUUUCAAAACUUUAGGUCUUCACGUCGUCUUCUUGUUUGUGCUUUCAUAAGCUUUUCGAUUUUCUAUUAUUUUUUUUUAAAUUUUUACUGUAAGAGUUUUUUCUCAAAAAUACAAAAAAAUAAAAAAAAUACAAUAAGUAUAUUAUAAUUAAUAAAUUAGGAACUAAAUGUGUUUAAUGUUAUGCAAUGUUUGUUAUGCAAGCACUCACACAAAUACACACAUACAUAUAUUAUUUGGUUGUGUUUAAAGCUAAUAGCAGAAAUUUUAUUAAAUAAAUAUUUACAUAUAAGAACCCUAAGUACAGUUAGCCAAAAAUACAUGGAUAGUUCUUAAUAUAGCUUAAGCAUAAUAUAAAAAUAGCAAAAAAAAAAUUGUGUUGUUACAAAUUUAACCAUUUAACUUACAAUCCAGUUAUAGAAAAAAUUCAAAAUACCCUAAUUAAAUGUUUUCUUCCUCAAAUCGACUCUAACCCCACUUUUUCCCUUUAAAUGUGACAUGUUUUGAUGGAAAUGUUUAUGAAAAAAUUUUUAUUAAUAUUAAACAAAUAUAUUAUAUUAUCUAGUACAAGCCAGGAAAAUAUAAAAAAUUUUCAAAUGUGUUUGCACGCUAUCCAGUCGCUGAAAAUUCCAGAAAAAACUAACCGCAUAUUAAUGCACACCGCUGUAUAGGAUACAUACUUACUUACGUACAUUCAUCAGACAUAUUCAUGUUGUUCUUGUAUACUCCACGAAACGUUAGGCAACAAAGCAUUAUCAUACAACAACACAUCAUUAACUUAAAUAUACAUACAAACAAACAAACAUAUAAAUUUAGAUAUUGGAACAAAAACAACAACAAGCAAGCAAAGUUAUUAGCACAAUUACACUUAUUUACGAAAUAAAAAGAAACUUAAAAUAUUUAGCAUUAAAUAAUUAACUGUAGUUAAUCAAUAUGAAAGUUUAUAGGCAAUUGUGACAAAAACGCACCAACAAGCUAACGCAAAUACAAAAACAAAUGCACUAAAUAAAAAUAAGAAGCCCACAAGAGACAUAAUUAAAGAAGUUGACCCGAAAAAAAGCUGCAUUUACCGUUAUGUAAUCAUAUAUACAUGCAUAUACAAGCGUACAUAUACAUACAUAUAUAACAUCCUAUUACACCGACGUGCAUAUAUCAGAAGAAACAAACAUACAUACAUAUAUACAAAUAUUUGCUCAUAUAUUAUUCGAAAGAUAUAACACAGCCAUACAUACUCCUGUAGGACACCCACACAACCACUCCCCUUAUCAUACAUUUCCUGAAGAAAAACUCGCAGUUUGCAAGAAAAACUCAUACAAUUUCACAAAAUCAUGCGACACUCCCGAGCAGUUGUUCCCAAAAGCAAAUAUUUACUAUAAAAGCAAGUUAAGAAAAACCGCAAAACAAAAAAAAAAAUUAUUUAUGAAAAAAUUAUAUAUACUAUUAUGUACUAUUAAACAUGUAUGUGUUGGAUGUGACUACAUAAAUAAAUAUUAUACAAAAUGCAUGUAUACUUGACACAAAUUACAAAUACAAAUAUAAAUACAAAAAUGAAAAGCAUUAUACAUACAUACAUACAUACAACUAUGAAUAUGAUUAUUACAAUUAUUAAAUAUGAUGAUUGACUAUGAGCAUAAUGGGAUAUAAUGGAUACAAUAAUGAGUUGAUAAAUAAAAAUAUUACAUUUUUAAAAUGAAAAACAAAAA